ACUUCCUUGAAUGAUAUUUGUACUUUUUUUCUAUCUGCUACUAUAUAAAAGUGAAUCCACAAAUUGCCUGAGAACUGUUCCCACUCUCACCUCAACACUAUACUUUUUCCUUUUCUUUUCUUUUUCUAUUUUCUUUAAUUUUUCUCAUCAAUGGCAGACCCUUACUCAAAUUUCUUUUCAUCCAAUUUCUUCCAAUUCAAUACUAAUAAUCCAACAAACCAUUACCCUUCUUCUUCAAACCCUUCAUCCCAUCACAACCACCCUAAUUAUCUUCACAAUUUCAUUAACCACACAACUUUCAACCAUAGUAACACCAACAACACCUUUUUCCACUACCAUCAUCAUCAUCAUCACCAUCUUCAAACUACAACUGCAUCUUGUUCUUCUUCUUCUUCUUCAUAUUCUUCACCAUCUUCCCCUCCUUUAAAAGAAGCCCUUCCACUUUUGAGUCUUAUCCCUACAAAAAAGGAAGAAUAUGAAGAUGAGGUACAUAAUCAACAUCAACAACAUCACCAUCACCAUCAUCAAUCUUGCACUUUAAUGGAUGUGGAUGAUUGUAUUCGUAAAGUAGAAGAAAAAGAAGAUCAUGAAGGUGUGACUGUUGCACUUCAUAUAGGGUUACCAAGCCCUAGUUCUUCUGAGAUUGCAACUAUGAUGUUGUCUUCGUCUUCUGAGACGAUGAUUAAUGAACGAGAUCGAUUACAAGGAGAUGUAGAUGUUGCUAUUAGCGAUGAUUCCUCUUCAGCUGGAUUUUUGAGUCCCAAUAGAUCACUUAACAAGGGUCAGUAUUGGAUCCCUACUCCUUCUCAGAUUCUUAUUGGUCCUACACAAUUCUCUUGUCCUGUUUGCUGCAAAACCUUCAACAGAUACAACAACAUGCAGAUGCAUAUGUGGGGACAUGGAUCACAAUACAGAAAAGGACCAGAAUCUCUAAGAGGUACACAACCAACAGGUAUGCUAAGGCUUCCUUGCUAUUGUUGUUCACCAGGUUGCAGGAACAACAUUGAUCACCCAAGAGCAAAGCCAUUGAAAGAUUUCAGAACACUUCAAACACAUUAUAAAAGGAAACAUGGGAUUAAGCCUUUUAUGUGUAGAAAAUGUGGUAAGGCUUUUGCUGUUAGAGGAGAUUGGAGAACUCAUGAGAAGAAUUGUGGAAAGCUUUGGUAUUGUCUUUGUGGUUCGGAUUUUAAGCAUAAGCGAUCGCUUAAAGAUCAUAUAAGAGCUUUUGGGAGUGGUCAUGCUGCUUAUGGAAUUGAUGGUUUUGAAGAAGAGGAUGAACCUGCUUCUGAAGUUGAACAAGAUAAUGAAUCCACUCAGACUCAGUAGUGAAGAACUAUGAUUUUUAAUUUUAAUUUAUUCAAGGGAAUUAUAUUAUGUUAUAUUCAUAAUGAAUUUAUUAGCUAACUAUGAUGGAUAUAUAUAAUAGCCAUGGCUUCCAAUUUGAGAACUAUAAAUUACAACCAAGUUUAAAUGGAGGCCAAUUAUUCUCUUC